AUGGAUGGUAGGCCUUGCGACCUUUCUCAGAGCAUUUCGACGACAAGAUUUGGCCACUCAAGUGGACAUUCACCAUUGAGUGGCUUUGAGGAUGUAAAAGAUCAUUUCCAAGCCUUAGAGCCAACACAAGAAGCGUUUGAUCUUGUUGUUGCCUUGGACGUGAACGGUGCAGUCAAACAAUCACGCCCGGGCAGUCUGGAUUCAGGUCAUGCCUACUCGCAAAGUCUGAGUGAUUUUCAGCAAAAGUUGAUGUGGCAGGGCAUGGAACCAGCCGACCAGUCUCUACCCGCCUAUCGGUUUCCGAAAGGCGGCCUUGAAGAACCCACCGCCAAGUUUUUCCUAAAGCUCAUGAACAAAAAGCUGGAGGAGAAAUGUCCCAAGACUGGCUCCCUCCGGAAGGCAAAGUACCAACCAUUCGAAAGGUUACCGCUGCGAGCCUAUGAUUGGCAUCCCACCAACAUGAAUGCCGCUAUCCCCGUCUCGCGUCCUUUGGACCCUAAGACGCAAAGGGCAAAAACACCAUCCAGCCUGCGAAAUGCGUGCAAACCUUUGGCAAGAUGGGUCACGUACAUACACCUCAGAUUAUUAGCCAGACUUAAGAUAACCGAUCCAGAAGAACAGAAAAACAGAUGCGUAAACCUAUUCAGAUGGAUGCUCUCCGAAAUCUUCGAGCCCGUUGGCUCUCCACCUCCUAUACUAGGUCGGCUUCCAAAGGGAAAUCUAAUUUACGAUGACAAGAGCUUCCGACCAGUUCAACUUGAACUUAUCAAGCUUCUGUCACACGAAACGUGGAAUGAUGGCGUCUACUUUACUUCGGCCGCUGUUGUUGGGAUUUGGUACAAGGUAUUCCAUAAAAAUACAUGGAUUAGCCAUUUCAGUUCUGAUAAAGACUUCUGGAUAUCCAUGGACAGUGACAUUCGAAAAACAAUAAGAAGUAGGAAUCCCCUUCCAGACUGGAAUUCUGAAUUCCCAGAGGCUAUCUCAACUAUUGAUCUAUUUCAGCUUGGAGCACUGUCCGAGAUACUGAAAAAUCAGCUUCCCAAAAGAUUAAGAACACUUUUUCAGAUACCCCGCAAUAACAUGCCUUUUCUUGGGAAGGGUGUUAAUAGUCAGGUCACCGCACUCCUAGAAAACGUUGAGAAAAUGUUUGAAAAAUUCCCCCAGCGUGGAACCAGACGACCUAAAUUUAUUUGUGAAGGCCUCCCAAUCACAAUCCAUCCCGGACAAACUCCAAAUGAAAAAGAUUGCAUUAGACUUCUCAGGCGUAGUACUGUCGACGUCUUGAAUAAAGAAGAUCUCCUAGGUAGAUUAGGAAGAUUGCUUGGAUGGGUCAAUUGUAUACAUGAAACAUUGCAACAAUCUUUAUCAGCAAAACAUCCAAGUCAAACUAAACUUCCGUUCAAUGAAUUCUUGGCCUGGUUUUACAAAGCAGCCUUUGAAGAAAGCACUCGCAGUCUACCAAUCCUUGGGAUUGGUCACUUUCAAGACCGAGUGAAGAUUCCAGAAAAUGGAAACCUGUUGAUUGCAGAAAACGAAAACGAGUCGUUCGUCAGAGAUUUGCUACCAGAUAAUGUAGAUCAAUUUGACUUUACAAAUCAAUUUGGUGAACUCCAGAUUUACAUGAUCAAAAGGCUUUACAAAGGAAUCACCGUCCCAGAAUUCUUUCAAUUUUCAGUUUCAAUGUUAGGCUAUUGGUACUUCACCCAACAUCCUCGCUUCUCUCAGAGAGUCUUUCAAGGAAGUGAGCGCAAUUAUUUCACUCAAGUUGUUGGCCUGUUUCAACGUUCAUUCAAAUUUCUUGAUGCACAUGCAAGACCAGAUUAA